AUGCUUCUUGACCCACUAUACCGGAUCCAGACAAUAUUUGCUUUGCUGUUCUUCCACCCCUCUCAGCCAGCAGCGGCAGCGGCAGCGUUCGCUGAUCUUCACAACGUUGCAAGCGCGAAAAUAGACUCAUUCGCUGGAGGCUUCAGUUCAUGGACCAAGUUCCAAACCCAUCCCUCACGGAAUCUGGAGAAACGCGCAGGGAUCAACACGAAUUCUAAUGGUUCGACAUUCCUCUGGCUUACCCAGGAUGUAUACGCCGGGGAGACGUUCUUCGACCGGUGGGAUUUCUUUGACUAUGAAGAUCCAACAAAUUUUCUCAAUCGCUCUGAGGCGAUCCGGCGAAAUUUCACCUACACUGAGAGCAACGGGACGGUUGUCAUGAAGGCCGAUAUGGAGAGUGUGUUGCCAAGUGGUGUGAAUCGAGACAGCAUCCGAAUACAAAGUAAAGCAAGGUACAAUUCAGGCUUGUUCAUUCUAGAUCUUACUCGCGCUCCUUGGGGGUGUGCUAUCUGGCCUGCAUUUUGGACUACGAAUGAGAACUGGCCAUGGAAUGGUGAAAUUGAUAUCAUUGAAGGGGUUCAUGACAAUCAACACAAUCAAAUCGCGUGGCAUACCGCACCAGGGUGCUACCUUGAUCCAACGUUAAAUUUCACUGGCACUAUUGUGUCGCAAUCGCGCCAGAAUUGCGAUGGAACUAUUAACGAUAACGCCGGCUGCGGAGUGACGGAAUGGAGUCGAGCCUCGUAUGGGCCGUACUUUGAGUCUCAAGGUGGAGGUGUGAUUGCCAUGAAGUGGGACGAGGAUGGGAUUGCCAUUUGGUCGUUCUACCGCGCUGCUAUUCCCGGAGAUGUUAUAGCAGGGGCGCCUGUCCCCUCGACAUGGGGUCCGCCCUCAGCCAUUCUUGGACCAGCCAAAUGCAACAUCACUAAUUUCUUCCAUAAUCACACCAUUGUCUUCGAUAUCACUUUUUGCGGUGAAUGGGCUGGCAACUCGUACGCUACGUCAGGAUGUCCAGGAACAUGUGCCCAACGACUCAUGGAUCCUGCGAAUUUUGUGAACGCAUCAUGGCACAUAAACUCUCUCAAGGUGUACAAAAAGGUCCUUCUUAACGGAGUGAAACCGACCAGCGACUCCAUCAUUGGGAUAGAUGCAUCGAGACGUGGGUAUUUCCUUUUGUUGAUGACGUUGUUGCUGGUACUCCUUUUCCAAUGA